AAAAGCUGAGAUAUCCGCAUAAUAGUCUAUCUUCAGGCAGCUGAAGAGGAAAAGAUGCUGAGACCAACACUAAUCACCUUGUUGCUCUGCCUUGCAGGCUCAGUAUGGUCAGAAGAAGGUGCCUUUGAAACAGAAGGUGGAAACAUCCGUGGCCCUAGAAUAAAUGAGCAGAAAUCCAGUUCUGAUUGCAAGCAAGAGAAGAACUGGCCAAUCUGUUCUGAUGAAGACUGGGGUCCCAAAUGUCCCUCAGGAUGCAGAAUUCAAGGUCUGACUGAUAAAACCGAUAAAGAUUUUGGCAAGAGAAUAGAUAACAUUAAAAAAAAACUAAAGGAUGGAGAAGUCAAUUACAAAACUGUAGAUGUGAUAACCAAAGAAACAUAUGAGUACGUCAAGGAUAAUUUUAUUCAGGCCCAGGAGAGUGAUGGAAAAUAUAACCAAGUAUCUGAAGACCUCAGAAAGAAAAUUGAAAUUCUGAAGCUGAAGGUUUCCAGCCAGAUAGAAAGGAUCAAAUUAUUACAGACCAACAUUAGGGAUCAGGUGGUGGAAAUCAAGCGUCUUGAGGUGGACAUUGAUAUCAAAAUCCGUGCAUGCAAAGGGUCUUGUGCAAAAUAUGUUAGUUACCAAGUAGAUAAAGACAGUUAUGACAACAUCCAAAAACAACUGUUGCAAGCUGAGUCUACUAACAUGAGGCCUGAAACAAAUACCAUAAGUGUGCUGAAAAUGAGACCAAUUAAGGACUCUGCAGUUGAUACAAUUUACAAAUCCCUGCCUCAGAAGGGCCAGGAAGCACAGUAUCCAGUUUUCACUGACAUUAAUCAGUAUGCAUUUGUUUUAGAAAGGAAAGGACAAGAGGUAACAAAACCCUCUUUGGGUUCUUCUAUUGUAUACAGUGGGAAAGAAUUGCCAUCACAGGGUUCCAAAACUAUAGUUUAUGGAGGUGACAAGGGUGUACAAACAGGGGGUGAUAAAACAACUGUAACUACAGAAAGUCGAGUUGUUUCAUGUACGAAAACUAUUAAAAAGAAAAUUAUUCAUGGACCUGAUGGACCUAGAGAGGAAGUAGUUGAAACUGUAAGUGGAGGAGAGGAGUGUGAAAAGCUUGGAAAGGGUGUUUUAGUCACUGAUGACACAUACAAUGUACACAUCUCUUCAAGCAGUGGUCUGAAAGAUACCUCAUCUUUACCUAACUUUGAGGAUUUCUUUGCUAGUUCAUCAGGAGGCAAAACACAAUUUAGCCAAAGCGGCAGCAGUAAGGGUACAGUCUCCAAAACAACAUAUGCAACUCUUGAACCAUUUUCAGAUCUGGGAGAGUCUGAAUUUGAUGAUUUCAGUCAUUCACAAUUUGGUGUACCUAGCUUUAACCCAAGCAAAACACAAAGCUCUUCGUCUAGUAAAAGUAGUACAAUAUGGAAAAGUGCCUUAACAUUUGAUGACCAUGGGCCUAUCCAGCAUGAAAAUAGUGAAGAAGACGUACCUGAUUUUAAGGCUCGUACGGUGACAUCAGAAGUGAAGCUGGUUCAAGAUUACACUGGGACAGACUGUGAUGAUAUCCGCCAUAAACAUACUUCUGGUGCCAAAAGUGGCAUCUUCAAAAUCAGGCCAAAAGGAUCCAAUAAAGUGCUUUCAGUGUAUUGCGAUCAAGACACCAGUUUGGGAGGAUGGCUCAUAAUUCAUCAGAGAGAAGAUGGAUCUGUGAAUUUUAAUAGGACAUGGGAAGACUACAAGAAUGGAUUUGGCAACAUAGAUACCAAUGGAAAAGGAGAAGUCUGGCUGGGCAAUGAAUAUAUUCAUUUAUUGACACAGAAAGACAGUAUUCUUCGAGUAGAAUUGGAGGAUUGGUCUGGAGAGAAGGUUUAUGCUGAAUAUGAUUUCCAGCUAGGGUCCGAAUCAGAGGGCUACAUCCUUAAAGUGUCACAGUAUGAAGGCACAGCUGGAGAUGCUCUAAUAGAAGGUUCCAAAGAUGAUGGAGAAUAUACCUCUCAUGUUAACAUGAAAUUUAGUACUUUUGAUAGGGACAGUGACAAGUGGGAAGAAAACUGUGCAGAAAUGUAUGGCGGGGGGUGGUGGUAUAACAACUGUCAGGCUGCAAACCUGAAUGGGAUUUAUUACUCCGGAGGUCAAUAUGACCCACGGAAUAAUGUUCCUUAUGAAAUUGAAAAUGGCCUUGUCUGGGCUCCUUUUAAGGCAGUAGAUUAUUCCCUCAAGAUUGUUAAAAUGAAAAUUCGACCUGUAGACAUGGCAAAUUAAGUUUUACUUGUACAGUCUUGCACUCCCAUAGAAAGCAAAAUAAUGUGUUUUUAUACUUUAAUUUAAACUGACUUAAAUGUAACAAAAUAUAUAAGUGGAAAGAAUACUAAAUCAUUCAUUUUACUAUGA